AUGGAUUCGGGGCAACAGAACCUGAAUCGAGAUGGAGAAAGAGAUGGAGAAGAAUCAGGAGGGGAAGAGGUAGGUGAUGUGGAGAAGCAUCAGAAGGGGAAGAGGUUGGAGAGAUGGAGAAGCAUCAGAAGGGGAAGAUGUGGGAGAGAAAGGAAGAAAGACGAAUCAGAAAGGGAAGAUGCAGAGAGGAGGAAAAGAAUCAGAAGAGGGAGAGGUAGGAGGAAAGACGAAUCAGAAAGGGAAGUGGUAGAGAUGAGGAGAAGAAUCAGAAGAGGGAGAGGUAGGAGGAAAGACGAAUCAGAGAGGGAAGUGGUAGAGAUGAGGAGAAGAAUCAGAAGAGGGAGAGACUCCGAUGAAGAAGUAGGAAGUGGUAGAGAUGAGGAGAAGAAUCAGAAGAGGGAGAGGUAG